AUGAAGAGCCCGAGACAGCGGUUUAUACUGCCAUUAUUCAUUCUUUUAUGUCACUUUCUUUUCCCAAUAUGUUAUGCGCAGGUCCAGGAAGAAGAGCUAGCGACGUCUCUCACGGCAGAAGGGAGUCCAAAGCCAUCUGUUCAAGCUCAGCCGUCUGCAGCUCAAGAAUCACAUCGAGCGCCACCAAUAAGGAAUACAGCUGAGAAUGAGUUAGUUGACAAAGCUUUACAUUCCCUUCAACGUUAUGAACGAUCACAUCCACGUUCCACAUCCAAUCCUUCCGGAAUUGUCAAAACUUUGACGCAAUACGUCGCUGCAAGCCUUCCCAAAUUGACUCAGGGACCGCCACCGGAUGGAAGGAGUCCGGCGCAUAAUCAAGCCCCAGGUCUAGUCGCAGAAGCAGUGCAACUUCUGGAACAAGCAGCUCAUGUCAAUAACUCCGAUGCUAUCUAUCUCCUGGCACAAAUCAACUUCUACGGAAAUUACUCAUAUCCUAAAGACUAUAGCGAGGCAUUCAGGAGAUAUCAUCAAUUGGCGUCAUUGGAUGGAAACAGUUCGGCACAACACAUGAUUGGAUUCAUGUAUGCAACGGGGAUUGGAGGAGCUGUUGCGCAGGAUCAAGCGAAAUCUUUGCUAUACCAUACAUUCGCCGCUGAAGGAGGAAGUACGAGAUCUGCGAUGACUCUUGCUUAUCGACAUCAUAGUGGCAUCGGUAUGUCAAGAAAUUGUGAUUCGGGAAUUAAAUAUUACAAAAAAGUGGCGGAUAAAGCAAUCGAAUGGCAUCGAUCCGGGCCACCAGGAGGUAUGGCAUAUGUUCAGGAUUCUUAUCAACUUGCAGAUGACGAUGGAGGAGUCUAUGGUGAAGGAGCAAGUUUUAGUAGUGCCGGACACAAUGCAAAGGGCGGAGGACCAAGUUCAGAUGCUCACGCCGCACUGGAUGAUGUUCUAGAGUAUCUCGAUCUGAUGUCUAGGAAAGGUGACUUUAAGGCCACUUUCAGCCUAGGACGCAUUCAUUACGAUGGCCAAAAGGGACUUCCACGAAAUUUGAAGAGUGCGAAAUGGUAUUUCACGAAGGUUGCCAAAUUAUAUUGGACGAGAAAUGGAAAGAUUAUCGAAAAUGAUAAACCACAAUUGGACAAAAUUGCUGCCAAAUCCGCAGGAUAUCUAGGACGAAUGUAUCUUAGGGGGGAGAGUGUCGAUCAGAGCUACGAAAAAGCCCAGACUUGGUUCGAACGCGGUAUUAAAAAUGGAGAUGCUGGUUCUCAAUAUGGAAUGGGUUUGAUGUAUCUUCAUGGCCUAGGAGUACCCAAAAAUUCCGUAUUAGCACAGCAAUACUUCAAAGCUUCUGCCGAUCAAGAUUACGCGCCUUCUCAAGUCAAUCUAGGAGCUAUGUAUCUAGACCAAGGUACUGAUAAUGAUAUCAAAGUAGCCAAUCGAUAUUUCGAACUCGCUGCACGAUAUGGUAAUAUUGAAGCUUAUUACUACCUCGCCGAACUUAUUGAUCAAGGAGUUGGCCGGGAGCGAAGUUGUAGUUUGGCGACUGCAUACUACAAGAAUGUUGCGGAGAAAGCAGAACCACUUCUGACGUCCUUCGCCGAAGCAAACAAUGCCUAUGAUCAAGGCGAUCUUGAAUUGGCUUUGAUUGGUUAUAUGCAUGCAGCUGAACAAGGAUACGAAAAAGGGCAAUCCAAUGUUGCAUAUAUCCUUGAUGAACAAAAGUCGAAAUUAACCAUACCGACAUGGCUAACUCUUGUAUCCACCACUCGACCUAAAUUAUUACAGAAUGCUGCACUUGCACUGCUUUAUUGGACUAGAGCUUCUAAGCAAGCAAAUACAGACGCUCUAGUUAAAAUGGGUGAUUAUUAUCUUAACGGUAUCGGCACACCGGUAGAUUUGGAGAAGGCUGCAGCUUGUUAUACAUCUGCAUCUGAAUUUCCUCAAAGUGCACAAGCGUUAUACAAUCUAGGCUGGAUGCAUGAAAAUGGUGUUGGCCUUGAUCAAGAUUUCCAUCUCGCAAAGAGAUAUUAUGAUCACGCUUUGGAGACGAAUGAAGAGGCGUAUCUACCCGUAACCCUCAGUUUGUUAAAACUACGCAUCAGAAGUGCGUGGAAUUCAUUCACGCAUGGCAAAAUAAAUUCUAUCAUUGACGAACCAACUCCCAAGAAACAAUGGUCUCUAGCGGAAUGGGUUAGCAAUUUCCUGCAAGAUGAUCACCCAUACUACGCGGAUUACGACGCAGAAGAUGCUUAUGGUUCUGUCCAUGACCCUAUGCCUGGAGGUGACGCAGAUGGACUUUAUGAUGACAUCCUUGACGAUGGCUUGGUAGAAAGUCUUAUUAUUAUUGGCUUAGCAGCUGCACUAGUGUUUUUGAUAGUAUAUAGACAACAGAGGCAGGAGGCGCAUCGAAGAGGUGAAGCACCUGCAAAUGCGCAACAACAACCAGCGAAUGGAGAGGUUCAAAACGGAGGAAUGUUUCCCCAACCAGGUGAUGCGAAUUUCAAUGAUUGGGUGGCGGGUGGUGUGGGACAUUAA